AUGGCCACCCCACCGGACAGUCCGAUCGAGGAGGUGGUGUACGAGCUAGAGCCUACACGGGCACCGAAACCAAUACCUGUCGCGCUCGAGGAUCUCUGCCGGUUGACAAAGUUCACUCGCCAGGAGAUACGGGUCAUGUACAGGGGCUUCAAAACGGAAUGUCCUGAUGGGGUUGUGCACGAGGACAGCUUCAAGGAUAUCUAUGCAAAAUUCUUCCCCCAUGGAAAUUCCAGCCUUUACGCGCACUAUGUGUUCAAAGCGUUCGAUGUCAACUGCAACGGAUCGAUUACCUUCCGGGAUCUUCUAGUCACUCUCUCUACCCUACUGCGUGGUUCCGUUUACGAGCGACUACGAUGGACAUUCCGAUUAUACGAUAUCAACGGGGACGGUUGCAUCAGCCGCGGAGAACUCGGAGAAAUUGUCUCGGCCGUACACGAACUAAUGGGACGACGACCGCAUCAACCAGACGAUGACCGGAAGGCACGAGAACAGGUUGAUCGUGUAUUUGCAAAGCUAGACCUUAACCAGGACGGUAUCAUCACGAUCGAGGAAUUCCUGGAGGCAUGUCUGAAGGAUGACGUCGUCACCAAGUCGCUGCAAAUGUUCGAUUGUCUUUGA